AUGGCGCGGGUGCAGGACCGUUGGACUAUUGAGGGCGGCGGGCGACCAGACAUGCAUGCACGAAGAGAGUACCCCUUCGGCGCCAUAAUCAACGAGAUGAUUCGAUCCGGGGCUGACUGGUUGGUGCUGGUCACAAAACUCCGGCGCGGCUUCAGACCUUUGGAAGCUGUGGCACCGAAGAAGGCAGGCAUUUGCCCGGAGGAGACAUAA